GCGUCUCUGGCCGCCAUGCUGAGCUGAGAGAGCGAGAGCGAGACCAACCGCAUUUUGUCACGCUGCGACUGCACCGACGCUCAUCUCCGUACACACCGGGACAAAGAGCAGCUCUUCCCCGCGACCGGUGCUGUGACAUUUGCCCCGGGCCUCUCCCUCCACCAUUCCCCACUGUGAAGAAAAGUGAAAAGGAGUAUUAAUGAAUCAGUAUACGCUAGCCGAGGCCAUGACAGACAAAGGAAACUUCACAGUCCCGAAGUUACCGGAGUCCAAUAUGGGAUUCGGCGUGCUGGGAGUGUUUCUGGGGCUGCUCCUGGAGGUCUCCACCCACGGACCCCACGCUGUGCCCCGGACCUCCUGGAGACACCAGGAUUUAGAUCUGAUGGAGUUUUCGGAGCCUGAGAUCUUCAACUAUUCCACGCUGUUGCUGAGUGAGAAAAGAGAUGCUCUGUAUGUGGGAGCCAGGGAGGCCAUCUUUGAGCUCAGCAAGAAGAACGUGACGCUCAAAAACAACAUGGUUCAAUGGACGGUUGCGGAAAGCCCCAUGGUGAUGUGCAUGCAGAAAGGAAAGUCCAAAGAGAGAGACUGUCUCAACUACAUCCGAGUGCUGCAGGUCGUAGACGACGAGCGGCUGUACGUCUGCGGCACGCACGCCUUCCAGCCGCAGUGCGACUACUUGAACCUCGCUGACUUUUCGCUGGAAGGCCGACCUGAAGACGGCCGGGGGAAGUGCUCCUUCGACCCGUCGCAGAGCUUCACGACCGUCAUGGUCGACGGAGAACUGUACUCGGGGACGGCUUAUAACUUCUUAGGCAGCGAACCGAUUAUUUCGAGGUACUCUCCAUCCCAGUCCCUGCUGAGGACGGAGUACUCCACGUCGUGGCUCAACGAGCCCAGCUUUGUUUUUGCGGACGUGAUCAGUGAAGGUGGAAACCGAGUGGAUGGCGAAGACGAUAAGAUCUACUACUUCUUCACCGAGGUGUCGGUGGAGUACGAGUUCUUCGGCAAGCUGCUGAUCCCCAGGGUGGCGCGCGUCUGCAAGGGCGACCUCGGGGGCCAGCGCACCCUGCAGAAGAAGUGGACGUCCUUCCUCAAAGCCAAGCUGGUGUGCUCCAUGCCCGAGCUCAACUUUGUUUUCAACGUAGUACAUGACGUCUUCAUCCUGAAGGGGGCAGACUGGAGAGACACCGUCAUCUACGGGGUCUUCACCUCCCAGUGGGGUAACGUGGGCUUGUCAGCCGUGUGCGCCUACAACAUGACGGCGGUGGAAGAAGUCUUCUCCAAGGGGAAGUACAUGCAGAAGGCCACAGUGGAGCAGUCCCACACCAAGUGGGUCCGGUUCAACGGCAUCACCCCGUCUCCACGUCCUGGAGCAUGUAUUAACAACCUCAUGCGGCGGCAGAACAUCAGCAGCUCCCUCAACCUGCCAGACAAGACCCUCCAGUUCGUGAAGGACCACCCCCUGCUGGAGGACCCCGUCCUGCCCAUCGGCAACGGGCCGCGCCUCAUCACCAAAGACGUCAACUACACUCAGAUCGUUGUGGAGAGGGUCCGUGCACUGGACAGGAACAUCUAUGACGUCAUCUUCACUGGAACGGAUAAGGGCAUCCUGCACAAGUCGGUGGUGUACGGAGGAGAAGUGCACAUCGUGGAGGAGAUCCAGCUCCUCAAGAACUCCGAGUCCAUCAAGAACCUGCUGCUGUCCCCGGAGACACGGUCCCUGUACGCCGGUUCUGACUCGGCCGUGGUCCAGUCGCCCACGGCCUUCUGCGGCCGGUAUCUGUCCUGCUUUGGCUGCGUCCUGGCUCGGGACCCGUACUGUGCCUGGGACCCUCACGCUGCCGCCUGCCUCAAUAUCUUCGAUGCUCCCAGCCAAAGGCUCAGGAAGCUAAUCCAGAGCCUGAGUGGUGACGCCGACCAGUGCCCCGCAGAUGUCAGUCUGUCUCUGAAGGACUACCGGCGUGUGUCCGUGAAACCGGGCAGCUCCGCCGAGCUGCCGUGCCUGGGCCACUCCAACCUGGCGCAGGUGAUGUGGAAAGCCAACGGCUCCGCCCUCACCGAGGCGUCUCGCUUCCACCUGGUGGGCGAGAACCGCCUCCUCAUCUACAGCGUGGCGCCGGAGGACCAGGGUCACUACGAGUGCUGGUCCGUGGAAUGGGCCCCGGCGGCCGGGAAGAACUUCAGCCGCCUGCUGGCCGGAUACGUCCUCACGCUGGACGUCCCGCAGGCGGGCCACGCCCCCGCCGGCCGGGAGGCGGCGAGCACUGGCGCAGCUGAAGGGAACGGUCCCAGUGAUGUGCACAUUCACUGGCUAAUGAAUGGACACAGCCUGGACACCCCCAUAAUGGAGUCCCGCCGGCCGGUGGGCCAGAGGGAGGUUCUCGUGAGCAGCUGGCUCCGAGAGGGGCCGCUGGUCAAGGACGCCCGGUACCAAUGUGUCGCUGAGGCCAGCGCGGGAAACGACAUGUCCGAGGUGGACCUGCGCCUCACUAUCGGAGAUGAGGAGAGCGUUCCAUCCAGGGAUUUGAGCCAGUGGAGAGGUGCUCUCACCGAGCACCAGCAACUGCUCAAGAGAUGGGAGGAGGCCUGGGUAGGAAAGCUGUGACGGCCACUGAGCUCUGCGGAGACGUCCCGAGCUUCACUUGUGCCGGCUGACCGCGGUCCUGGCCCGGCCCGGGUGGACCACGCCUCGGACCACGCCGUGUCGCCUCCUACGGAGGAGUUUGAUGGAGCAUUCCUGCACCGGCCUGCAGCGGGGGUGGGGGGCGGGGCGACGAGUCCAAAGCCGACGAGUAGACGAAGGCCGUCGGGCCGAGGAUGCGCGUGCUGCCUUUUCACCGAAUACGACAUUUAUUUCUCUUUUGUGUUGAUACGCGUGAGCAUCCUGAACGCGCUGCUCGUUUCCACCUGAUGCAGGUGAAGCUGCGCGGUCCUUCACGACCACGUGUUUGACAUUUCCACUUGAGGUUCUACUGUGUGUUGUGUUUCCUUCCAGAGAGUCAAAGACGUGUGAUGCAGGAAUGGAGACGUUUCUUUACACAGGGUAAGGCUCUUUUAACCUCCUGUUACAUUUGGGGUCAACUUGACCCCAUUCAAUGUUAACAGGUCUCAAAUAUUUAUGAUUGACAUGUUUUUUGCUUCAUAUUUCAUGACUUUUUCGAAUUCACACAAAGUUGUUUUGGGUCAUAUUGAGGUCACUAUAACAUGCACUUUCAUAAUCUUCAACAAACUUCAGGGCCCAAACAUAUAGCUAUACUAUAGCUGUAGUAGUGUGAAAACCACUGAUGGUUCACACAUGAUUUCUGGUCACAUGACAUCUAUUGUUCAUAUCGUCACAUGACAUCUAUUGUUCUGUCCAUCCUGGAGAGGGAUCCUCCUCUUGCUCUCCUGAAGGUUUCAUCCCUUUUUUCCCCUGAAGGGUUAUUUGUGAGUUUUCCUGCUCCGAUGUGAGGUCAAAGGUCAAAGGUCAGGGAUGUCUAUGUGUUCAGAUUGUAAAGCACUGAGCCUAAUUUGUGAAAUUGGGCGAUACAAAUAAACUGAAUUGAAUGAUGUGGGGGAGGGGAAAUAUGGUUCCCAUGAAGAUAUGGAUAGUUCACAUAACAUGGGCAACAUGUACAAACAUGUACUUUUUUUAUUUAAAGGACUAUUUAGUUAGUCAACAAACACAUAAAGUCGCCUCCCUGCCACCUAAACUUGGGAACUUAUUUGAAUUAUAAUAAUGUUCUGGAGUCAAAUUGACCUCGAGGGUCGAUGUUGGUACAUGUGAAGGUAACCGGAGGGUUGAAGCACAGCAUCUCUGACGUGUGACAGGAGGCUCUCAUCAGAUGACGAGCAUCCAGAAGGCCGUCCUUCACGUUGGUUCUUACAGUUUGUACCUUACUGCAGUUGUUGUUCACAAUAAAAAUGACUUCCCGUUGCUGACAUUGAUUUGAACAACAUUGCAUCACGUUUGACUGAAGCUUGUUCACACACUUCCUAUAUGACCGAUUACAUCUUCAUAGACAUGAUUCAUGUUUAUAAACGAGUUAUAACUCCUGCGGGAUGGACUGGAGUGGCACGGUGUGCACGUCAGCCUCUUCCUCUUCUUCUGAAUUAUUAACCGACCGACCGCCGUGCACUUCUCCACGGAAGCCAGUUGUGACAUCUCAUACGGUUAGAAUAAAACCCUUAACUGAAAACACAUUUUCUCUCGACAUGUCGGUUGGAGAUCUUCCCUGAUGUUUAUACCUCACUGAUUUAUAAGCAAAAAGGCAUUUAAUAUUGUUUUAUUGAUAAACUAGGGAUGAUCAGAAAAAUGUUUCGCCCUUAAAAGUUUGGUACAAGACACGUGAUGUAUAACAACAACAACAAUUGAGAAAUAAAUGUUGGUCGGCAAAGGUU